CGCUGAACGCUCAUUCUAGAUAACUGAUAGUAAUUAGUAAAGGCGUUUGUGAGGGCCAAAAGAGAAGAACAAGAAGGUGGUGCAAAUGGGUACUCUGUCUCUUCUGAAAUGGUGCAUAUGCAUACCCUCUUUCUCUAUGGUUUUCCCUCAUUCAGGUAGAGCCAUUUUUCCCAGUGCCCGCGCUGCCAUCUUCAGGACGAAGAAGCUUCCUUCUUAUUGCGCCGGGUCAUCCCAGCCGUUGACGGCGGAGAAGAAUUGCGGCAAAUCCGACGGUGAUAGUUUCAGUUUGAAGAGUCCAUCGCAAGAGGUGUGGCUGCACAACACAAUGAGUAAAAGGAAGGAGCUUUUUAAACCCAAAGUGGAAUCCAAAGUGGGAAUGUAUGUGUGUGGAGUCACCGCUUAUGAUCUCAGUCAUAUUGGACAUGCUCGUGUCUACGUCAAUUUCGACCUUCUUUACAGAUAUUUUAAGCAUUUGGGAUUUGAAGUCUGUUAUGUUCGCAAUUUUACUGAUGUAGAUGACAAGAUAAUUGCUAGAGCAAAGGAGUUAGGAGAAGAUCCAAUCAGUUUGAGCCGGCGCUAUUGUGAAGAGUUCUGUCAUGACAUGGUAACUCUAAAUUGUCUGCCUCCUUCCGUGGAACCAAAAGUCUCAGAGCACAUGCCCCAAAUCAUUGAUAUGAUCGACAAGAUUCUUAAUAAUGGGUAUGCCUACGUUGUUGAUGGGGAUGUAUACUUUAAUGUUGAAAAUUUUCCAGAAUAUGGGAAAUUAUCUAGUCGAGAACUAGAAGAUAAUCGAGCUGGUGAGAGGGUUGCUGUUGAUUCAAGGAAGAAAAAUCCUGCUGAUUUUGCUCUUUGGAAGUCUUCAAAACCAGGAGAGCCAUUUUGGGAGAGUCCGUGGGGUCCUGGAAGACCUGGGUGGCAUAUUGAAUGCAGUGCUAUGAGUGCAGCUUAUCUUGGCUACUCUUUUGAUAUCCAUGGUGGAGGGAUCGACCUUGUGUUUCCUCACCAUGAAAAUGAAAUUGCUCAGAGUUGUGCUGCGUGUAAGAAAAGUGAUAUAAGCCUAUGGAUGCAUAAUGGUUUUGUCACUAUUGACUCUCUGAAGAUGUCUAAAUCUCUGGGAAACUUUUUCACCAUACGACAGGUUGUAGACAUUUACCAUCCGCUGGCUUUGAGAUAUUUUUUGAUGGGCGCCCAUUAUCGAUCUCCUAUUAACUACUCUCAUAUUCAGCUCGAAAGUGCUUCAGACCGUAUUUUUUAUAUAUAUGAGACAUUACAUGAAUGUGAAAGCUUUCUGAAUCAGCAUGAUCAGACAGUUAGGAAGGAUUCCAUCCCACCAGAUACUUUGAGUAUUAUUAAUAACUUCCAUGAUGUUUUUUUUACCUCAAUGUCCGAUGAUCUUCACACUCCGGUUGCAUUGGCUGGACUAUCUGACCCAUUAAAAUCAAUCAAUGAUUUACUGCAUACUCGUAAGGGGAGAAAACAACAAUUUCGAAUGGAAUCACUUGCAGCUUUGGAGAAGAGCAUAAGGGAUGUCCUUACUGUUUUAGGACUUAUGCCUGCAAGUUAUUCCGAGGUUUUGCAGCAGCUUAGGGAAAAAGCUUUAAAACGUGCAAACUUGACAGAAGCUGAAGUCUUGCAGAAAAUUGAAGAACGGGCUGCUGCUAGAAUACAAAAGGAGUAUGCGAAAUCAGAUGCAAUAAGGAAGGAUUUGGCUGCUAUUGGUAUUACUCUUAUGGACAGUCCAAAUGGCACAACUUGGAGGCCUACCAUUCCUCUUGCGCUUCAAGAGCAGCAGAUUGAUGCACCAUGAAGAGCUGCUCUAAUUAAAGAUAAGCUUCAGUUGUCAACAUCUCCUAAACAAAACCAAGAAAUGGGUAGCGUUAGUCCUUCCUUAAUCCUUAAUGCCUUAAGUACGUGAAUUAAAAUUUACGUUUUGAUAGAAAUCUAAUGAGCUAGUUCAGUUGUCUUGGUGACCAAUUUUUUAAUUAAUUUUUUUUAUAACAUAUCGGGUCUUUUCUUUUCUUUUCUUUUAUAUUUUUUAAGAAUAGAAUUUGCGUUAGUUUCAGCUUAAUAUUGAAAUUAUCACAGUAUCACUAGUGUAGUUACUUUGAGAAUGCCGUCUUUU